CAGAUGCUCUUUGUCGAAUACCGAGGCGACUCCAAGUGAUGGUUGUGCGCGUGCUGCUGGUGCUUGCUGUGCUGGCAGCGACGGCGAACGCGAAAGCCACGCGAGUGCGAAAGAGCUGGGCGGCAUAUAGCAACGAUGAGAGAGAACUGUAUCUGAGCGCUUUGGAGAAGGCCAUGACGUCGGGGAAUCACAUGCUCUUCACGCAGGUUUAUAUGGACUCAGGCAGUCUGGAUCAGGUCGUAGGCACUUGUGGAGCACCGGCGUGGUACCGCAAGUACCUACUCGGCUACGAGAACAUGUUGCGCUCGCUGGACACGAGUUUCAGCGACCUGACACUUCCGUACUGGGAUAUCUUCGAAGACUCGGCCAAACGCAUCACGACGACCACGGAAUGCAACGGUAUUGUGGGAUGCUCGCCGAUUCUGGAGGAUCUCGGAGGCUGCAAGGGCCCCAAAAUCAUGGCUGGAGCGUAUGUCGUGAACGGUGAGGCCAUUCCAAGCGGAAACUGCGCGAACUCCAGCGUGGCAGCACAUGCCUGUACAAACAGCAAAAAAUGCGAGAAGUGCAUACCACGAGGAGACUGGGAUAUCGGCGAUUCGUCGUUGGAAUUCGGCCCCACCACUUUCACAGAUUUAAUUCGACAUGCCAGCGAAGCCAACGGCACAACCAGUAGCGGUGCCUCCACGAUGGAUACACUGCGCAAGGAAGUCCAGAACUCUAUUCAGAUGACUCUGCACAGUAUUCUUGGGGGCGUGUAUGAGACCCGUGCUGCUGCUUUUGACCCAAUCUUCCUCAGUCACUACGCAACUAUAGAUAUGGUGUAUCAAUUCUUCCAGAGCUGCAACCAGAGCAUUCCCCUGACCGAAUCCUGUAAAGGAAAUGGCAACGUGAAGAUUUCUCCGACUGCUACGAUCCCCAUGAAAAUCAAGAGCACAACUGUCGAAAAACACGCCGAUCUCGGUGCGUUUUUCAAGAACGUCGGCACCAGUUUUAAGAGCAUGAACUCCUUCGCUGUCCAGUACGAGAUCGGCCCGUUCCUCCAGAAUAUGCUCAAGAAAUCGUCUCUGCAGUGCAGCACUAAAACGAGUGCCACCGGUGCGAUCUCAUACGCUACGGCUAAGAGCACGUUUGAGGAUGCUGCUGGCAUCAACACUUUGGUGAACGACUUGGUCGCGUGCGACCAGACCUCGGAGAUGAAGGGGAAGACAACAGAAGUUGCUUCAGCCUUCAUCUCGUGCCAGUUGUUGUCAUCGUUGCAAAAUGGAGUGUUCACGAAUUUCAGUACACCCGUACGCGAGUUCUUCGGUGCCACACAGGACGACCUUCCCAAGUGUGUGGGUGAUUUGGCUGCUAUCACCACCGUUGAGGUUACAGUCACACCGUCCUCGACCUGUCAGAAGGCGAUUUACAAGGACACUAGCAUCAGCACCAAGAAUGACUUCAACACAGUCAAGGACGGCUUUGCGAUCGUCACCAGAGGCGCAGAAGAUGGAAACGUACGAUACAUGAACCCGCCAGCUAGAUAAAUUUGUGUCAUCGUAGGUCAAUGGCAUGUGAGUACCGCACUGUAGUACAACGAAAUCGAUAUGUCCGUGAAUCUGUGAAUACAACUCAGUUUGCUAUGCUGGCCUUUAAGUUGAAGGCUGCAGUGGUAAUCGCACA